AUGUGUGGCAACCAUGAGUGGAAAAAACUAAUUAUGGUUCAACACUGGCCUGUGACAGUGUGCGAGGAAGUUAAAAACGACUGUAGAGACCCUCCGGAUUACUGGACAAUACAUGGAUUAUGGCCUGAUAAAAGCGAAGAAUGUAAUCGAUCAUGGCACUUUAAUUUAGAAGAGAUUAAGGACCUUUUGGGGGAAAUGAAGCAGUACUGGCCUGACGUAAUCCAUUCAUCUCCUAAUCGCACCCAAUUCUGGAGGCACGAGUGGGAGAAACACGGGACCUGUGCCGCACAGGUGGCCGCCCUCAGUUCCCAGAAGAAGUACUUUGGUAAAGGUCUGGCCCUGUACAAGCAGCUUGACCUCAACAGUAAGCUCCAAAAACUGGGGAUAAGACCAUCUAUCAAUUACUACCACAUUGAAGAUAUUAAAGAUGCCCUUGCCAAUGUGUAUGGAGUGAUACCUAAAAUCCAGUGUCUUCCACCGGAACAGGGUGAGGAAGUGCAGACGAUUGGUCAGAUAGAGCUGUGCAUCACCAAGGAGGACCAGCAGCUGCGGAACUGCACCACACUCGGGGAGCCACCGUCCUCCCUGCAGGAAGUCUGGCCAGUGGAUGUGGCUGCAGCAGACAGGGGUCUGUCGGUCUGCAAGGAUGGCCCAGUCUUUUACCCCCCGCCUAAAAAGACCAAGCAUUGAUGCCCAUUAAUUUUUUAAAUAUUCUGUGUUUUAAAAGCAGGCGAAAUUUACAAACCACUGCUUUCUAAAAAAAACCUCCAAAGUGAAAUCUUAUGUUUUAACUCCUCCUUUAAUAUAACAACAAGCCUUUUUGCUUGUUUUGCUUUUUUUCUUCCA